AUGGAUCUAGCUGUCAUCCUGGUGCUCAGUCUCUGUUGUCUGCUUUUCUUUUCAUUAUGGAGACAGAGCUCUGGGGGAAGGAAGCUCCCACCAGGCCCCACUCCUCUCCCAAUUCUUGGAAAUAUCUUGCAAAUAGAUGCUAAAAACAUUGGCAGAUCUUUAAGCAAUUUGUCAAAAGUCUAUGGCCCUGUGUUCACCCUGUAUUUGGGCAAAAAGCCCACUGUGGUGUUGCACGGAUAUGAAGCUGUGAAGGAAGCCCUGAUUGAUCGUGGGGAAGAGUUUUCUGGAAGAGGCAGUUUCCCAGUGGUAGAUAGAACAAGUACAGGUCUUGGAAUCAUUUUAAGUAAUGGAAACAGAUGGAAACAGAUGAGACGCUUCUCAGUCGCGACCCUGCGGAGUUUUGGGAUGGGGAAGAGUAACAUUGAGGAAUGUGUUCAAGAGGAAGCUCGCUGCCUUGUGGAGGAGUUGAGGAAAACCAAGUGCUCACCCUGUGAUCCCACCCUUUACCUGGGCUGUGCUCCCUGCAAUGUGAUCUGCUCCAUUGUUUUCCAUAAUCGUUUUGAUUAUAAAGAUCAGCAUUUGCUAAGUUUUUUGGAAAAAUUUGAUGAAAACCUCAAGAUUCUGAGCUCACCAUGGAUCCAGGUCUGCAAUAAUUUUCCUGCUCUCAUUGAUUAUUGCCCAGGGAGUCAUAAAAUAUUUCUUAAGAAUAUUGCCGAUAUGAAACAGUAUUUUUUUGAGAAAAUAAAGGAACACCAAGAAUCCCUGGAUAUUAAUAAUCCUCGGGACUUCAUCGACUGCUUCCUGAUUAAAAUGGAAGAGGAAAAGUACAACCAAGAGACUGAAUUUACCACUGAAGCCUUGAUAACCACUGUGAAUGAUCUAUUUGGAGCCGGGACAGAGACAGUAAGUUCCACUCUGAAAUAUGGAAUCCUGCUCCUGUUGAAGUACCCAGAGAUCACAGCUAAAGUUCAGGAAGAGAUUGACCAUGUGAUUGGCAGACACCGAAGCCCCUGCAUGCAGGACAAGAGCCAUAUGCCCUACACAGAGGCUGUCGUGCAUGAGAUCCAGAGAUACAUUGACCUCCUGCCAACCAGUGGGCCCCGUGCAACGACCUGUGACAUUAAAUUCAGAAACUACUUCAUCCCCAAGGGCACAACCAUAAUAGUAUCACUGACAUCUGUGCUACAUGACAGCAAAGAAUUCCCUAACCCAGAGAAAUUUGACCCUGGCCAUUUCCUGGAUGAGAGUGGCAAAUUCAAGAAGAGUGAUUACUUCAUGCCUUUCUCAACAGGAAAACGAAUGUGUGCAGGAGAAAGCCUGGCCCGGAUGGAACUGUUUUUAUUUGUGACCACCAUUUUACAGAACUUUCACCUGAAAUCUGUGGUUGACCUAAAGGAUCUUGACAUCACUCCCGUUACCAGGGGAUUUGCCUCUGUGCCACCCAAAUACCAGCUUUGCUUUGUUCCCGUCUGAAGAAGAGCAGUCUGUCUGCCUACUGCUGUCAUCUGGAAUUUCCUCUUUGGGGCAUGCUCCACCUCSUUCCCUAUCAGGCAUGCCUUCUCUGAUCUACU